GUAACUUUAGGGUGAGGCUACGGUGGAGGUGGUGGAGUAACUUUAGGGUGGUGGUGGAGUAACUUUAGGGUGAGGCUCCGGUGGUGGUGGUUAAGGUGAAGCCCUCCUAACUGUUCAUCAGAGAGCUGAUCUCCCCUCCCUCCCCUGCUCGCUGUCAGGCUACUGGCUGCUAGCUGCUGCUAGCGGAGCGGGGUGGGGAGGGCGGCUGGGCUGGGCUGCUCCUGGGGUCUGGUUCAGAGUGUCGCUCCGGUGUGGAGGUGAACCUCCCCGGGUCCCAACAGGGCUCCGGUCCAGGGCUCUGGUCCAGGCUGGGGUCCGAGCAGGUGGCUCCUAGCUAACGUGCUAACCUGUGGGAGGUCGGACGACGAGCUGGAGCGGAACCCGGGCUGAUCAGGGAUCACUUUCACUUCGGGAAACGUUUGGAAGCUGCUUAUUUAAACCCAUGUGUGCGUUUCCACAUGUUGCAGACAUCCCCACGGGCAGAAUCUAAACACCUCCACCCUCACAUGGGUGGAGGACACCGAGGAGUUUUAAAGUAUUUAGCCCGAUUCUCAGUGAUACGACAGGCUGCGCCCCCAGAGGCCGGCUGCGCUACUGCAAGUCCUCAUGUACAGUACAACCCUCCAGCAUCAAACUGUGUAUUCCUUGAUCAAAUACAUAACAUCGGGAUUCCCAGAAUGCAGAGCUCCGAGGGCGGGUCUGACUCCUCGUCCAGCGUGGCCUUGCGUACGUCCACGCCCACCCAGGCGCCGGUGGUGCAGCCCGUGCCAGCUUCUCAGCAGAGGGUUUUGGUUCAGGCCACAGGCUCGUCUCAGAAGGCAGUGCAGGUUCAGCAGGUACAGCACAUCUAUCCAUCCCAGUACAUAGAAGGCGGGGAAACCGUUUACACCAAUGGAACCAUCCGCACCGCCUACUCCUACAACCCCGACGCCCAGCUGUACGGGCAGGGCAGCGGGGGGGCCUACUUCGACUCGCAGGCCGGCGGCGCCCAGGUCACCACGGUGGUGUCUUCGGCCAGCAGCGGCAUGGCGCCCCACAGCAUGGUGGGCAUCACCAUGGACGUGGGCGGCAGUCAGAUCAUCUCCGGCGGCAGCACCUACCUGAUUCACGGCGCUGGCAUGGACGGAAACCGCUACCACGCCUCGCAGUCCUCCCGCUCCUCCUCGGCCAUGCUUGAAAUGGCGAUUGAAAACCUCCAAAAGUCUGAAGGAAUUGCCACUCACAAAAGCAGCCUCCUCAACAGCCAUCUCCAGUGGCUGCUGGACAACUACGAGACGGCGGAGGGUGUGAGCCUGCCCCGGAGCUCCUUGUACAACCACUACCUGCGCCACUGUCAGGAGCAGAAGCUGGACCCCGUCAACGCCGCCUCCUUCGGCAAGCUGAUCCGCUCGGUGUUCAUGGGCCUACGCACACGCCGGCUGGGCACCAGGGGCAACUCCAAGUACCACUACUAUGGGAUCCGCGUGAAGCCGGACUCGCCACUGAAUCGCCUGCAGGAGGACACCCAGUACAUGGCCAUGAGGCAGCAGCCCGUCCACCAGAAGCAGAGGUUCAAGCCUCUUCAGAAGGUGUACGGUGUGUCGGACCACCUGUCGGGGGGCUCCCAGAACUCUGCCAGCACCCCGGAGCAGUCUGUGGCUGCACAGAGCCAGCACCACCAGCAGUACAUCGAUGUGUCCCAUGUCCUGCCUCCGUUCCCCUCUCCCGACCUGGGCAGCCUGCCUCUGCCGGAGCGCAUCAGUCUGGACGACAUCAAGAAGCUGCAGACGCUCUACAGGGACCACUGCGAGGCUACGCUGGACGUGGUGAUGAACCUCCAGUUCCACUUCAUCGAGAAGCUCUGGCAAACCUUCUGGUAUUCAGCGGCGCCCUCUAGUGACGGGAACACCAACCUGCCCACCAGCGACGACGACAUGGACGGCGUGAUCCCCCGAGAGAAGCUGAUGGCGCUGUGCAAGUACGAGCCGGUGCGGCUGUGGAUGCGGAGCUGCGACCACAUCCUGUACCAGGCGCUGGUGGAGAUCCUGAUCCCGGACGUGCUGCGCCCCGUACCCAGCACUCUCACUCAGGCCAUCCGCAACUUCGCCAAGAGCCUGGAGAGCUGGCUGACCGCCGCCAUGAGCGACUUCCCCCACGAGAUCGUGCGCACCAAGGCGGCGGUGGUCAGUGCCUUCGCCCAGACCCUGCGGCGCUACACCAGCCUGAACCACCUGGCGCAGGCAGCGCGCGCUGUGCUGCAGAACACCUCCCAGAUCAACCAGAUGCUCUCAGACCUCAACCGGGUGGACUUCGCCAACGUGCAGGAACAGGCCUCGUGGGUGUGCCAGUGUGACGAGAGCGUGGUCCAGCGGCUGGAGCAGGACUUCAAGGUCACCCUGCAGCAGCAGAGCUCCCUGGACCAGUGGGCCGCCUGGCUGGACAACGUGGUGUCCCAGGUGCUGAAGCCCCACCAGGGCAGCCCCAGCCUGCCCAAGGCCGCCCGCCAGUUCCUGCUCAAGUGGUCGUUCUACAGCUCCAUGGUGAUCCGGGACCUGACCCUGCGCAGCGCGGCCUCCUUCGGCUCCUUCCACCUCAUCCGGCUGCUGUACGACGAGUACAUGUUCUACCUGGUGGAGCACCGCGUGGCGCAGGCCACCGGGGAGACCCCCAUCGCCGUCAUGGGAGAGUUCAGUGACCUCACCUCGAUGAUCCCAUCGCUCAUGGACAGAGACCCGUCCUUCUCCGACGACAUGAGCGACAUGGGCAGCGACGGCGACGGGUCCCGGGACCCCAGUGAGCCGGCCGUGAAGCGGGAGCGCAUCGAGAUCAACCACUCGCUGCAGGAGAUCUAAAGCCAGCUCCUCUGGACCUCAGUGGACCCAGGCCCCCUGCAGCCCCCCCGGGGCCCCCUGCAGCCCCCCCGGGGCCAGGUGCUCGCUGUACAUACAGAAGCAGCCCUUCCUAGUAUGUGUACAUAAUGCUGUCUUCUACCCAGGUAAAGAGAAGGCUACCUUACGGGGGGGGGGCUUUUGUAACUGUGAACAAGGACUUCGUGCAGUACCUGUUUUUCCUCCUUUUGUCUCUGGAUGUGAAACCUUUCGUACGAGUGGUGCUCCGUGGUGUGUAGUCCGACCCCAGCCCGCCCCCUAUAGCUGUGCCAUAGUGUCAUUUGAGUGCCUUAGAAUGCUAACUCCUUAAACCACCGCCGCUACAGAUGUCUAUCCCCUCCCUCAGCUGUGCCUCCUACCGCACUAUGAAUGUAUCGUCUCCAAAACCUCAAGACGCUCCACAAACCUUUAAGUCUCUUUCGGUGGAUCUCGUGUGGCCUCCGCUGCAGCUAGCAGCAUUAACAUAACCACCGCUUUAAAAUGAAAAAGAGACAAGAAGUGAUAAAUGCACAUCCUUCACUCAACCUACUGACCCUUAGGAACCUUGUUCCCCUCAGAUUAACUCCAACCAGCUCAGUGACAGCUGCCCUGUUGGGUCAGUAGGGCCUAAGACUGAUAACAGACGCAGACACAAGCCCUCCUGGUUCAGGACGGGGUCUCAGUGGUUCUAACACGGUUCAUUACCUCAAUAGGCUUCAUGUGCUUCUUGGUUUGGCUCUGAUGACAGAGCGGUGUAAAGGAUGUAGCCACUGUUAACGUUGUCUACCGGUUUCCUCACUUGUUAAUACUCAUCACCAUGGUUUUCUUUAACCGAAAUAACAGAUGUCGUUUUGUCAAGAGCCAUGUUUUUAUGGACGCGUUCGACAGCCUUACCUGGUGUGUUGAAGAGUCCUGAUCCUUAAAACCUCUGAGAUGGAGAGAGGAAAGUGGACUGCUUGACUUUAAAAGGCAAACAGCCACUGUAUAGAGACUGUUAUCAGAAAUCCUUCUGCAUAAAUAGAAUCAAUUAAAUUACAGAAAUCCUCACUUCUCCUCCCUUUGAGUCCGUCGUCCUGCUACCCAGGAGAUCGACCCAUUCAAAGAACAAUGUGGUUGGAC